CGAACAGUCUGUCGCUGCGUGCGCGAGACGCGAAAAAAAAAAACUGUCACCGCAUUCCCGCCAAAAUUUGACAGUUCUGAAAUUUUAAUUUUUUCUUUUUAUCAAAUUAGUGAGGUGCCAGUGACCUGGAUUGUUGUGGUAUCGUGUGCGUACCGGCUGGUGGUGGAUUUGGACAGUGGUGUGUUGUGAUGAUACUCAGCCGCUCUAGUUGUUGAGAGUGCAGCAUGAGGGGCAUCGUUCAGUUGUUGCUUUUGGCGCAUGCGGUCUGCGCCAUCACCGGACCGAGGAUAGAAAAUGACUACGACAGAAGACGGCAAGUGUCGCUCGGACACCCAGGCUUCAAUGAGCACCAGACGAGAUUCGGGAUAAACUCGCCUCUCCAGAACUUCCAGCAGUCUGGGAUCCUCAGCAGCCCCACGCCCACCCCUAUUCAAUUCCAGCAGCCCCAGUUCCAACAGCAACAGCAACCAGCUUUUGUGCAGCAACCUAACCCUCAACUCUUCAACAACAUCAUCCCCAGCCAGAGUUUACCCACCAUCGGUGUCCAAAACAACCUCCCACUCCCCAACAACAAUGCUUUCCAAUUCACGCAAGCACCGAGCGUAUCACAGCCAAUUCUACAAAACAACUUCCAGCAAAACUUAAGACCCCUCCCCCAAGCUCAGAAUAUACUCCCACAGCCGACGCUGCCCACAUUCCAAAGUAAUCCUUUACCUUUGCCACAAAAUGCACCAAACUUCAAUCAAAACCCCAAUCUCCACGGGAACACAGUUAACAUUGGUGGUCAGAGGCCAACGCAAGCGGCUUUCCUCCCCACGGUUCCAACUGGGCAAAACCAACCUAUUUUCAGCCAGCCCAGCCCUAUAACGAUUCAGCCGGCACCCAACCUAGCUCCACAGAACCUGAACUUGAAUAACGCUCAGUUGCAGUUCCAAUCAAAUUUGGGACAAAAUCCUUUAUUCAACAACGGUGAGUCUACUCGUAUACACGAUUUCUUCGAACAGCAAUCUAAGGAAAACUUGGAAAAGCUUAAAGAGCUCCAAGAGAGACAGCGGAUCAUACAGAAGCAUCAAGAGUUCGUUCAAAAGCAACAACAGAAACAACAGGAGAAGGUGGAGAAACUUCACGAAGAAUUCGUUAGUAAGCAGGCUACGAAAACCAUUCCCACAUUCUCAACAACAGAGACUUACGAUGAUUUUUACAGAACUCAAGAUAAUAAGCGCAGGCCAAUUAUGCCACACGAAACAGAUUUGUUCAGAAAAGCCGUUGAGAUGUAUGAGAAGCAUCAUCCGACCACUACCACUUCAACAACCACUACAACUACGACGACGACUACUACUCCAGCGCCAGCACCAAGAUAUAAGCCAAGGCAAAAACCUAAGCCUAGAACCCCACCCCAAGACAGAAACAAGGCAAAAUUAUACAACGAAAUCAAGAGCCUGCUUCAAGAGAGUGAGACUAAAGGCUUUGACGACAGCUUAAGAGCAAAAAGUGUAGCGUUACUCCAGAAACCAGACAUCUUGAAACAACUCAAGGUAGCUCUAGCAGAAAACCCAGAAGAUUUCAAUGAGAAAAACUUUACAUCUCGGGAGAUUUCUCUAAAUGGCCAGAAAUUCGAAGUAAUUAGGACAACGAAUCCGAAUUUGAUACCCAAAGGAGCUAUAGUAGCUGAUGGAUCAAAUUUAUCCCAGCUCAGCAGCAACAUCGGAUCAGCAGCAUCAGCAACACCGGAACCUCACAAAGAAAGUCGAAUUUCAUUCGACGAUUUGACGAAAGGUGUUUUACCACCAGGCGCUAACUUCGAACUAAUCAAACAGUCUGAUAAUGGCAAACUUGAAGAAGUCUCUAAAAUUCCUUCUUCCAUUCAAAAUAAAAAGAAAGUAACAUUUGUAUUUCUAGAAGAGCAAGACGAUGGUUCUUUCAAAGUAAAAGGUGUCAAAGCAAACGGCCAACAGACUGAGGAAGGUCCUGAGGUAGAAAAUAUUUUGAACAAAAUAAAGAAGGGCGAGAUUCAAUUACCUGGACCCACAAAGAUAUCGAACGCAAUAUUUAGCUCGACCACUUCCAGCCCUACCACUGACGCUACGGACUACAUCGCCGAGUCGUCGCAAAAUCCCACAAGUUACUCCAGUUUCGUCACUGCUUCCAGUCACGGUACUGUCGGGCACACUAAUCCCAUAACCCAUACCACACUCGCACCUAACACUUACAGAUCGUCCGUACAGUCCAUCGCAACUUCACCAUCUCCCACGCACACUUUCUCCCCGUCAACUCGAAGCAUAACGACGACGGAAAGGUAUUCAAGCUCGCCCAACCACGAUUUCACGAUCAACAGAAUCGGUCACAGCCAAUCUACAAAAACAUCUUUCCCGAGCUCAACGUUUUCGUCGAUCAUAAGCACAACUCCUUCUUAUCGACCAACUCCUGAGGACUUAGUCGUCAUAGGAUCAAGCACGGCCGCCCCCACCAUUGAUCUAGGACACUCUCAUUCGAGUUUCGCGAGACAGUCUAACCCUGGUCUAGUAGAAAUUCUAAAAGAAAAUGGAUUAUUUGCGACAGCAAAAUAUUUGCGCCAGUCAGGGUUGGACACAAUUUUGAAUGAGACUGGUCCAUAUACGAUCUUCGCUCCGACUGACAAAGCGUUUAGGACUUUAUUGGUACAACUUGGAGGUCCUGAUAGAGCCGAGGAGAAAUUCCGGGACAAUCCUCGGUUAUUAAGUGGACUGCUACUCCACCACGUGAUUCCAGGCGCCUUUGACAUCGGGUCUCUUCAAGACGAGAUGACUGGCGUAUCUCUUGCUGGCACCCAACUGAGAGUGAAUCAAUACGACAUGCACGAUGUGGAAUGGAACGAGGUUCGAGUCACAACUAUCAAUGGCGCAAGAGUUUUAGAAGACAAGAAGGACAUUCACAUCCCGCAGGGUAUCGCGCACGCAGUGGACCGAGUAAUGUUCCCGUUGCCCGUUGGUGACCUCGUGCAGACCUUGCAGGCUGACAGAGACAGAAGAUUCACCACGUUUUUGAAGGCGAUAUACGCUAGUGGAUUCGCCGAAACUCUUGCAGAGAGCAAAACCUACACAGUAUUCGCGCCAACCGACGCGGCGUUCGCGCGACUUCAGCCCAACGAGUUGUCGCGAUACUCUGAGAAGGCCGCUGCGCGUGCGCUGGUUGCGAGACACGUGCUGCCCGGCACGCUGUAUAGUGCUGGCAUGAGAUACUACCAACUUAGGAACUCUAUGGAAGACGCGAAGCCUCUGACUCUACAGAAAAACUCUGGUCGCAUCAAAGUGAACAACGCGCAAGUGGUCACCCACAACAUCCCGGCCACCAACGGAGUCAUCCACGCAGUCGACAACAUCCUGUAGGUCAUCCACCCCAGCUCCUUUCCCGCCAAAUUAGCUUCAAUGAAGCAUAGAGACUUCAUUCCACGGCCUCUUUAGUGCUACUACACUUUUUUUUCCAACGAUUUUUUUGAACUUAGAAUGGAAUGUU